AUGUCAACGCUGGAGCAAUAUUCUGAGCUUGGUGAGAACACUUGCUCUCCACCGCGGUCUGUACAAAUAGAGAAUCUCCCACAAGAUCACCUUGAAGUUGACGGCAUUCAAACAAAUUUGGAAUUUGACACUUUUUCCAAUGAUGAUAGUAAUAAUGGCAAUGACAACAGUAAUAUGAACAAUAAUGUGAACAAUAAUGUGAGUAAUCUUUACUCUAACCUAUUUCCCUCAUUUAAUUUCAUUAGCUUCCCUGUCACAAAUAAUGCUCGAAAUUCUUCAAUCGAUAGUGGAAAUAAUGAGCAUAAUUUUCAGCAAGAAGAUAUAGAUGAUGUCUCGGUUAAUUCGUUUAACUCUUCUGUCUUGAAUAGGAUGGCAAGUGAGCUAUUCGAUGAUGAGUAUAAUAUCAGAAGAUCCAUGCAAAAUAUAUCCGCAAACAAGAAUUUCUAUUCAAAUUACUAUGAUGAGUUAAUCAAGGAGAAGAGCACCAAGGAUAACGUUGGUGAUGAUUACAAUGAUUCUUCAGAUUUCCAAAAAUAUAUCACAGAAUUUAAUAAAGAGUUGAAAAUUGAAACAAAUUUAAAGAAGAUUCUUGACAAAAAGAAAUCUGACACCAACAAUUUGAAGAACAAAACCUUAAUAAACGUUAUCAACGAUGAGCAUUACAUUUCUCAAAAUUAUUAUGUCCCUGAUGAUGAUACAAAGGUUUCACAAGAUAAUGUUGAUUUAUUAGAUAAUAAUUCUAAGCAAUAUUACUGUGAAAAGAAACAGUUCCACAGCUUCCUACCGAAAAAGUCAUUGGCCAGUUUUAACUCGAGGAUGUCGCCUUCAAAAUUAAAGCACAAAGGUUCACUUUUAAAAGGAUUACAUAGAGAUGGUUCCAUCGCCACUCCAAAGAAUCAUACUACACCCACUAAUCCUUUUAAUUCUGUCGUGAAAACACCGAUGUCAAUUUCUCUGCAUAUGAAUCCAUUCAAAUUCAAAAUAUUCUCUAGCAGUUCCGCCUCGAUUAUCGCAAGUGUUCACACUGAUAGGGGUCAUGGAUACUCUUCAAAUAUUGAUGGUGAUGCUAUCACUUCGGUAAAAAGUAUCAAACCUAAUGAUAAAUAUAAAAAGAUAAUUUUUGAUAAAAGCUGUGCCGUCUCACCUGCUGAUUCUACGGUGAAGCGCGCCGCUUCUAGGAUCAAAAAUGAAAUUAAUACCACAACUACAGAGGGCUAUUCCUCUGAUAGCCACAACGAUAUAAGCAGUGAUGAUUUAAUUGAUGAAGAUAAUUUAACUGGGUCAAGAAAUUAUCCAGCAAGAUAUAAUUCUGAUGAUUCUGAACUAGACGACAUUAGUGCCACCAGAGGCAGUGCGAUUAUGUCUAGGAGCGCAAGCAACAACAAUGGCAACGGAAAGACCAAUGAUAUUGUUGAUGAUCCGAGAUACGGUUCAUUACAGAAGAAGUUAACACAGAGACAUUUGCAAAUGAUUGCCCUCAGCGGAACCUUGGGUGUUGGCCUUUAUCUUAGCACCUCCAAGAACUUUCUGAUUAGUGGGCCACUUGGAGCUUUACUAGGGUUUAUUAUUGCAGGAUCUGUGGUACUAUCGACAAUGUUAUCGCUCUGCGAGAUGGUUACGUUCAUUCCUCUUGUUGGCGGUGUUUCUGGUAUUGGAUCACGUUUUGUUGAUGAUGCGUUUGGCUUUGCUUCUGGUUUUAUUUACUGGAUCAAUUAUAUCAUGUCAUUACCAAGUGAAAUUACUGCAGCGACAAUUAUGUUAAGUUAUUAUGAUAAUAUUGAAAUCCCAGGCCCCGGAGCUGCUGGCUGGAUCACCUUCUUUUUGGUAUGGACUGUGGUGGUGAAUUUGUUAGAUGUAAGAGUUUAUGGUGAAUUAGAGUUCUUCUUUUCACUAUUGAAAAUUUUGGUGAUGAUGCUAUCAAUAAUCUUGAACAUUAUCAUUAAUGUUGGCGGAAUGCCCCCUGAGAGGACGAAAAUUGGAUUCACAUAUUGGCAAGCUUCUCAGAGCGACCCAUCUCAAGGUUUGACAUACGGACUUUUCCGCCCUACUUUUGAUUUGAAGGAUACCGGAAUUGGCUCUUUGAACGGUAUUGGAGGCAACACUGGCAGAUUUUUGAGCAUAUUGAUAUCCACUUGUAUUUCCAAUUAUGCGUAUGUAGGCACUGAAAUCCUGGUGAUUGUUGCAGCUGAAGCAAAACAUCCUCGAAAGGCUUUGCCAUCUGCUACCAAUAGAAUUUUUUGGAGAAUCUUAUUAUUUUAUAUUUUUUCAGUCUUUUGUGUUGGUUUAAAUUUCUAUGCUGGUGAUCCAAGAUUGUUACGCUACCGGACUAUCAACUCAGAUGAUACUAGUGACAAUCGUACCGCAAUUCAAGAAGCGAUAGUUGAUUAUUUUGGAGGUGAUGUUUGCACUCAACAGAAGAACACUGACAGGUUAAAAAAUUUCAGUGGACUAUAUAAUGGUAACCAAUCGCCUUGGAUUAUUGCUUUUCAGAAUGCUAGACUUUGCUCCCUCUCCGCUGUCUUCAACGGGAUGUUUGUGGUAUUCGCUCUUAGUGCUGGCUCCUCUCAACUUUAUGCUUCAAGUCGUACAUUGUAUCAAAUGGCACUACAAGGAAAAGCCCCUUCGAUAUUCAGUCGCUGCUCUAAACAAGGGGUGCCAUAUUUAGCAGUGAUAUUUCUGGGAAUGUUUGGAUCACUUGCUUAUCUUUGCAUUAGCAACGAUUCUAAUAAUGUUUUUCAAAGAUUGAUGAUGCUUUGCUCGUCCAGCGGAGAAAUUGUCUGGGCAUGUAUGUGCUUAUCGUUCAUCAGAUACUAUUAUGGUCUAAAGCUGAGAACCGAUUUAAUAUCGAGAAAUUCUCCAGCUUUUCCAUACAAGAGUCCCAUGCAGCCAUAUCUAGCUUAUUAUGGUUUAAUUGUAGGACUUUUCCUAAUAUUUUCAACUGGUGCAACUGUUUUUCUACAUGAUAGUUGGAGUGCAGAGUUCUUUGUCACUUCUUAUGGAUCUUUAAUUGUAUUCCUCGUGAGUUAUUUUGCAUAUAAGUUUGUUAAGGGAACAAAAAUUUUGAAAAUCGAUCAAAUUCAGUUAGAUAUUGGCCGGAAAGAAAGUGAUAAAACCAUUUGGGAAGAAACAAAGGCAUAUAGUAGUAAUUUCCAGGAAAAAUUCAAGCAGGUUUGCUCAUAUCUUUUUUGA